GGCGAUUUUUUUUGUGCAAGAUUUGGUCACUGGGUUACAAAGUAGUUCCGCUUGAAUUCGGCCAAGUGGUUGAUUCAUCUUUCCAUGUAGAACUAAUUUGUUCAGAUUCUGAGUCAGAUAUUUCACAUUGUAGCGCCACUCGCUGAUAACAAAUCGGACGAAAUGGGCUCCCCCUUUGCUUCUCCCCCCCACCCCCACCACAGCGGCACACUGGUUAACGGCGCUGGUUAGCUAAUGUUAGCAAUGCUGCAAACGCCACAUAUGUGAAGCUGUGGGAAUUGUUUGGUUUGGCACACUUUACAAGUUAGUGGCAACUAAAUAACACCAAUUGUGUAAACUACUUUGUCAGCCUGAGUGGCUCAACCUGAGUUGCACAAGGAGCCUUGCUCUGCUGGUGAAACUAAGGGGACAUACUUAAGGGAGCUUCACAGCACUUGGAUCUGUUCUGAUCUGUCCCAGUUUUAGACUACUUGGUCUAUGGCUCUGUUGGACAAGCACAAACAGGUCAAGAGGCAGAGACUUGACCGAAUUUGUGAGGGUAUCCGACCCCCCAUCCUAAACGGGCCAAUGCACCCACGGCCCCUGGUGGCCCUGCUGGAUGGGCGUGACUGCACUGUGGAAAUGCCCAUUCUCAAAGAUGUGGCCACGGUGGCCUUCUGUGAUGCCCAGUCCACACAAGAGAUUCAUGAGAAGGUGCUAAAUGAGGCUGUGGCCGCACUGCUGUACCACACCAUCACUCUGUCCAGAGAUGACUUGGAAAAGUUUAAGGGCCUACGUGUAAUUGUCAGGAUUGGCUCAGGCUUCGACAACGUCGAUGUCAAAGCAGCUGCUGAGCUAGGCAUUGCAGUGUGUAACGUGCCCGCAGCCUCAGUGGAGGAGACAGCUGACACAUCGCUAUGUCUGAUCCUCAACCUCUACAGGCGAGUCACCUGGAUGCACCAGGCCCUCAGAGAGGGAACCCGUGCCUCUAGUGUGGAGCAGAUCAGAGAAGUAGCUGGUGGUGCUGCUCGUAUCCGGGGUGAGACGCUGGGCAUUAUUGGCCUGGGGCGUAUUGGCCAAGCGGUGGCUCUCCGAGCUAAGGCUUUUGGUUUUGGCGUUAUCUUCUAUGACCCAUACCUGCCUGAUGGUGUGGAGCGUUCACUGGGCUUGCAGCGCAUGGCCACCCUGCAGGACCUGCUGAUUCACUCGGACUGUGUUUCGCUACACUGCAGUCUCAAUGAAAAAAAUGAGCACAACCAUCAUCUUAUUAAUGACUUCACCAUCAAACAGAUGCGCCAGGGAGCCUUCCUGGUGAACACAUCAAGAGGCGGUCUGGUCGACGAAAAAGCUUUGGCUCAGGCUCUAAAAGAGGGCCGGAUACGAGGGGCUGCCCUGGAUGUCCAUGAGACAGAACCCUUCAGUUUCUCAACAGGUCCUCUAAAGGAUGCCCCCAACCUGAUCUGUACCCCUCACACAUCCUGGUACAGUGAGCAGGCCUCCGUGGAGGCCCGCGAGGAGGCAGCCAGGGAGGUCCGACGUGCCAUAACUGGCCGUAUCCCUGACAGCUUGAAGAACUGUGUGAAUAAGGAGUAUCUGAUGGCUGCUUCUCAGUGGCCCAGCAUGGAAGCAGCCACAGUUCACCCAGAACAUAAUGGAUCCACUUACAGAUUUCCAGCAAGCCUGAUUAAUGUUGCAGCAGCAGGGGGUCUCCCAGGAGCUGCCCCAGGGGUUGAUAGCCUCGUUUCAGGAACCCUGGCGCAUGGCAUCACCCCCGUCUCCCACCCCCCUCACGCUCACUCCCCGGGGCAGCCUACUAAGGCUGAGGCCGACAGAGACAUCCCAUCUGACCAAUAGCACCCUCAGUUACUGCCAGCACAUUCCGUCACCUCUGGGAACUCCCCUUCCACCUCCCAGCAUCAGACACAACCCAGCCCUCCAGUACAUUGACAGCACAGGUUUGACCUGACGUGGAUCUACGCAGUCUUGUUCCUCAGAUCACAUAACCAGCCCAGAAGGGACCCAUCCACUACUACCCAGAACAUACUUCUCUGAAUCCUAGUCCUCAUCUAAACCACACGUCCCCUCCCCACUUCACUCCCCCACAAUGUCAGCAAUAACUGUGUUCUUAAGGA